CGCGUCCCGGCGGCGCGGAGGGGCCCGGCGGCGCUCGGGCCGUCUGAGCCGCCGCCAUGGGGAAGAGGCAGCACCAGAAGGACAAGAUGUACAUCACGUGCGCGGAGUACACGCAGUUCUACGGCGGGAAGAAGGCCGACCUCCCACGAACUAAUUUUAGACGUUUAUCGUUCGAUCACUGCAGUUUGUCUCUGCAGCCUUUUGAGUACCCAGUUUGCACACCAGAUGGGACAGUCUUUGACAUACUGAGCAUUGUUCCUUGGAUAAAGAAAUAUGGAACCAAUCCAAUCACAGGAGAAAAACUAGAUGCCAAGUCACUUAUAAAGCUAAAUUUUGCUAAAAACAGUGAAGGUAAAUACCACUGUCCAGUGCUGUUUACUGUAUUCACCAAUAACUCCCAUAUUGUGGCCAUCAAGACAACUGGAAAUGUAUUUGCCUAUGAGGCAGUUGAGCAGCUGAACAUAAAACCAAAGAGCUACAAGGAUCUCUUGACAGAUGAGCCCUUCACUCGGCAAGACAUUGUGACAUUGCAGGACCCAACAAACUUGGAUAAAUUCAACGUUUCUAACUUUUUUCAUGUUAAGAACAACUUAAAAGUAAUUGAUCCAGAGGAAGAAAAAGCAAAAUUGGAUCCAUCUUACUAUUUGAAAAAUACAAAUACAGAGACCCGAGAGACUUUACUGGAACUUUAUAAGGAAUUCAAAGGAGAUGAUAUUCUAGCAGCUACUAUGAAGGCUCCUGAAAAGAAAAAAGUGGAUAAACUGAAUGCAGCCCACUAUUCCACUGGAGCAGUAAGUGCUUCAUUCACCUCCACUGCAAUGGUGCCAGAAACAACCCACGAAGCAGCUGCUAUUGAAGAGGAUGUUGUAAGAUACAAAUAUGUGAAGAAGAAGGGCUAUGUACGACUUCACACUAAUAAAGGAGACCUAAACUUGGAGCUGCACUGUGACAUGACACCACGAACAUGUGAAAACUUUAUCAAACUGUGCAAGAAAAACUAUUACGAUGGGACAAUUUUUCACAGAUCCAUUCGUAAUUUUGUGAUCCAAGGAGGUGAUCCAACUGGAACAGGAACAGGUGGAGAGUCUUACUGGGGAAAACCUUUUAAAGAUGAAUUUAAACCCAACUUGUCCCAUACAGGACGUGGUGUUCUCAGUAUGGCCAAUUCAGGACCUAAUACAAACAAGUCACAAUUCUUUAUCACCUUCCGCUCCUGCGCAUAUCUGGACAAGAAGCAUACAGUGUUUGGAAGAGUGGUUGGUGGCUUUGAGACUCUGACUGCUAUGGAGAACGUGGAAAGUGACCCCAAAACAGACCGUCCCAAGGAGGAAAUACGAAUUCAGUCAACGACUGUUUUUGUUGAUCCAUAUGAAGAAGCAGAUGCCCAGGUUGCUGCAGAAAGAGAAAAGGUCCAGCUAGAAGAAGAAGCAGCCAAAACAAAAGCUGAGGUAGCCCCACCAAAGAAAGAGAUCGAGAUGCCUAAAACUUACCGGCAGGGGAUUGGAAAAUACAUUAACAUGGCUGCAGCGAAGCGCAGUGUGGAAGAUGAUGGGCCCUCAACCAGCACAGCUGCGAAGAAAGAGAAAAAGAGCACAGGCUUUGGGGACUUCAGCUCCUGGUAGCAGAGCGAGGAGCCUAGCACCGGAGCAGCACAGCGAUAAAGAAGAGAGGGCCUCCCGCGUGUCCCCAGAGAGCCCCAAAGACAAUCUGUCCUGGGGAGGGAAGGCACCGGCCUGCCCUUCCACUGCAGAAGAAAACUGUUGCUUUGUUAAGGCUAGUUAAUGCGGCUUUGUUUUCGAGAGCGCUGCGUUCCCCCAAGUGCAUCUUCUUCGAAGGCCUUUUUGUUGUUGUUUUGCUGAGCGGGGAGCGGCGGCGCUGCUCCGGGGGCUUCGCUGCAGCCCGGCUCCACCUGGCUGGCAGCAGGGCAGGCUGAGCCCUGCCUCGCCGGGUGCCGCUUCCGUGGACGGCUGUGCUGGUGAAUGAGCUCCUUUCUCAGGUAAUCGUUACCAGAUGAGCCCCAUCUGCCAGCUGAACAAAUGAAUUAAGGUGUCAGGGAAGCACCUUUGCAGAGAGGAGGAGAGGCCUCCGGCUCGUUCUGCCCUCCCUCGGGCUCCCUCUCCCUCGGGUUCCCUCUCUCUUUCCCUCCUUAACAAGGACCAAUUCUGUCUUUGGCUGCUUGUGCCUCCGGGAUGGCCCCAGUCUGCUGUUAGUCUCGGGGCCUCCUUGCUCACUCCAAAAUGAGCUAUGUCGCCCCAUUUGUUUUUCUCUGGCAGCCUGGGAAGCAGCUGAGCUGCCUGAGCACCUGGUGUGACUGGUUACUCCAUGUCACUGGCCUUGCCAGAGCUGUUGUGGCAGCCCGAGGGGCCAGGACGCAUCAGUUAAACCUGCCCGCUGGCUCCAGAAACUUCAGCCCAGAGGAACUGAACAGGAACAGAAACUACUUUGCAGGGUUUAUUUUAACCAUCCUCAAAGCCUGGGAACACGUACUGCAGUCUGCCCUGACUUUGGGCCCCCAUCGUUAGAGAAAACACGUGAGAUGCAGCCAAGAGGAGUGCAGGGUAUUUACCUUCAAUGUCCACAGACUGUUAGGAUGCUUAAUAAAGGCCUUGUGGGGUAGAGACGCAUCAGCCUGUGAAGUUUUAAUCCAGAAAUACCAUGCGUAUUACCAUCAUUCAGGCAUAGGAGCUAGAUCCAGAUCAUUGCAUUUUUAGUUCAUCUUAGGUAUAUUCAGAUGACAGAAAUGCCCUCCCUAUGUUUGUGUGGCUGAGGAGAUAGUUUUGUAAUCAGAUUUAUAACUGAUUUAUAUCAGUGCUUUUGUUUUUUAAGAGAAGUCUCCAUUUUUAUAAAACUGAAAAACAUGUUGAAGGUUUUUACAGCAUUAAAUGUCUUUAUUUUCUUUUGAACACUUGCCUUUGUGUUCAACAGUUGUUUCCAAGAUCGUGGCAUUACAAAAUUGAUUGUCCUACCAGGAAAUGAUUCAUUCUUACUUUUUAAGAUUCCCAUAAAAAAACUCUGGGAUUUUUGCGGAUAUGAUUACAUCUUUGUUAAAUCAUAGGAAGUUCAAACUAAUUUGAAAGAAUAAUAGGGAUUUUUUGUUGUUUUGAAACAUCUUGCAGUGUAUAAGUUUGAACACAUGUUUGAUUCCUGAAACAGGGGAUAUGAUGAUACUUUCCUCAA